CUUGGCAGCCAGCUUUGGCCCCAACGCUUAGUCUGGGCCAAAACUGCCCCAGAUGGCGGGGGCGGGGGAGGGGGGAGUGACAGCCUGUAGCUGGCUUCUCCUGGGCUGCCAACAGUUUGGCUUGGGGAGAGGCCCUUGCUGGGGUCAGCCCUCUUGCCCUGGAGGUGUAUAUAAUGUGCCUUUGUUCCAACCAGGUAUUUGGUCCAAAGGCUGAGCUGAAGCCUGAGAAGAAGUCAGGGCACAGGCCAAGAAACCACGAGGAUGAUGGACCACAGAAAGAACUGAAGGUCCCAGGGAUCGUGGAUUUCGACGUGAUCCGAAAGGAACUGAAGACCCCCAAGCCCCAAACCUCUGGCACCUACCGCUUCGGCCGCCUCAGUCAUCACUCUUUCUUCUCCCGGCACCACCCCCACCCCCAGCGUGUGACCCACAUCCAAGAUCUUACCGGGAAGCCCGUCUGUGUUGUCAGGGACGAGUUCUCUCUGGAUCCCUUACUUCAAACUGCACUUUCAUCCCACUAUCUGAUGGGAAUGCCCACCAUCUCUGUCCCCAUUGGAGACCCACAGUCCAAUCAAGACCCCUGGCUUUCUUCUGAGGCCUGGAAGAAGGAGUUAAAGGACCUGGCUUCCCGGGUGGUUGUCCUCACCAAGGAGAAUGAGCCGAAGAACAAGGAGCAGAAGGAGGAGCCUCAGCGGGAGCAAGGGGCGAAGUAUUCAGCGGAGACAGGGAGGCUCAUCCCAGCUUCCACAGGAGCCUUGGGUCGCCGCAGCUCCCGCCAGGGCCAACGGAACUUCUCUUCUCACAGAGAUGGAGGAGUCCAGACCUCCGUCUUGCAGGACCAGGAGCUGCUGAUCUUGGAACUUCUAUGUCAGAUCUUGCAAACAGACUCUUUGAAUGCUAUCCAGUUCUGGCUACUCUACGCUCCCCCAAAGGAGAAAGACUUGGCACUAGGGCUCCUGCAGACGGCAGUGGCUCAGCUUCUUCCCCAGGCUCUAGACUCCAUCCCAACAGAACAACUCUUGCACCAGCUCCAGGAAGUCCAGGAACCACCUCAAGAAAGGGAACAACCACUCUACAGCCAGUCCAAGAAGACGAAGACACCCUCUCUACUAAAAAGCGAAAAACCAGAGCAUAUCGGGAAAGCACAAGUUCUCCGGAUGCAUUCAAGCCAGGACACAGAAGAGAAAGCGUCAAAGCCAAUGGCAGAGUGCUGAGGAGACAGUGGCGCCUUGCCCACCUUGCUCAAGGGCCAGCCUGGAGUUCAGGGUUGCUUCCGCCCCUAUCUCCUCAACAGCAAUAUGUACUUUCCUAUCACACACGGUCUAUUAAAAUGCCGUCUUCCCUUUAAGAGGACAGUUCCACCUCCUGUGCAGUAGGUCUGUGCUUGGAUUGUUAGUUCCUGGAGAAGGGAUGAGCUGCACAGAACCAUUCCCACUCCCUUGGAGAAUGCCCAAUGCCACCCCCCAAGUGGGGCUCAUCUGGUUCUUUUACGUUCCAAGGAACUGAAGGGAAGAUUGUGGUUGGGGUGGCCUGAGAAAGGGGCUCUGCCCUUGUGCCAAAACACAUAGCGUUCUGGGUAGGUUAGAGCAGAGGUCAGGAACACACAGGCCUCCUU